UCAAAUCACAAAUGGUCAGCAUGGUCAGUCAAAUGCGAAAUCGAAAGUGAAAUCUUUAAUGUUUAUUCUUUCAUGAAAUUAAUUUCAGUUAAAUGAAGAGUAUGAGAGUAACAUAUUCUUUGAUUUGAUGCAAAAAAUUUGAAAUUUAUUUCUAGUCCCGGUGAAGUGUUCAGUCGUGUUGUGAAACAUUUUUUUUGCAGGAAACUUGAUUGAAGGUUAUAUUAAAAUUGAAGUUGAGAAUUCAAAAUGUUGAAAGUUUGGUUCCAUCUAAUUGGAGCCAUGCAAUUUUUCUAUGGCUGCUAUUAUGACUACACAUACGUUAAAAUACCGAGUACAUCGACAACUUUUACCGAAUUUGGUGGAAAAUUUAAAUACUUAACAUACUUGAACGCAAUGCUGCAAACUGUGUACUUCACAGUAGCCCUGAUCAAUGACCUGUUUGGUACAAAUGAAUCAUCACCAUCAAACAAACCUCUAGUAAGAAGAACAAAAGAUGUAUUAUUUAGUGCUCUAGCAUUCCCCUUGGCUUUGUUUGUAGGUGUGACUUUCUGGGGAAUAUAUGCAGUGGACAGGGAGCUUAUUUUGCCAAAAGUAAUGGAUGCAUACUUCCCUACAUGGUUAAAUCAUGUGAUGCAUUCUAAUAUUGUAGUUUUUACUAUUAUAGAAAUGGCCACAUCAUUCAGAAUGUAUCCUAAAAGAAAGUUUGGCCUGUCCAUACUAACCACAUUUAUGCUAUUUUAUGUAAUCUGGAUACAUGUUAUAUAUUUCAGGACAGGAAAUUGGGUGUACCCUAUUCUUUCAGUGCUCAACUGGCCUUUAAGAGUGUUCUUCUACUUAUUUAGCCUUGGAUUUGUUUGUGGUUUGUAUACCUUGGGGGAGUCCAUGAAUCAGUCUGUAUGGUCUAAAGAGGUAGAGGCCACUGUUAGGUCUGAAAAGAAAAAGGCUAAGUAGGUUAGUUGUGCCUAAAAAGGUUUCCAAUUUAUUAUAUUUUAUACUUUAAUUUAUUUGGUGUGGAAGUAAGUUAUGGUGGGUGGUUAUAUUUUAGGGAAAUGUUUGAGGCUUUAGAAUGUUGAAAAUAUAUGUCACAAUCAGAAUAUUUAUUUUGAUGUAUUAUGGAAUUUUAAAAUAAAUAUCAGUGUUAAUAUGCUUUUGAUAUUUAUUUAUUAAUGAUAGUUGCAAGAAAUGCUGGAUAUAUUAUCUUAAUUUUCCAUUUAUAUGGGUAUCAAAAUGAUUAAUGUGGAUUAUUUUAUAGAUAAGAUAAAUUAAUGGGGGCCUGAUAUGUAAUUGCUUAGCAUAAAGAUUUACAACAAGUUAUAGGCAGAUAUGAUACAGUAAAAAAUAUACUUAGUAAAAUAUAUUUACCAUCACCAUUGAGCAUAUAAAUCUUAGAACAUUUUUCUGCCAACCACUGGGUGGUGAAGCACUGAUUUUUAAUGCAGCAAAAGAGCAAAGCAAUAUUAUGUAUGUGUAUGGCUGCUUGCUCUAAGCCGGACUUUAUCUAUGCUUGAUGGCCGUCACUCAUUGUGCAUUUUCAUAUGCCCUCUAUAGAAAAGGACAGCACUAGAUUUAGAUCUAUGGGUUUAGAGAUUGUACACACCAGAAUUAUCGCUACAUUGAAUCUGUAAUUAUUUUAAAAUAAAUUUCUAGAUUUUGUUUAGGGCAUGUAAAUGUCUUUUUCCUGAUACUUACCUAGAAUUGAAUUGUUUUAUUUGAUUUUUAUUUACUGAUUAAUUUUAUUAUAUUAGAAACAUAUUGUUUAAAACCAAAACCCCAGUUAAUAAUUAAUGGAAUUGUCAAAUUAAUUUUAGGAAUAAAUACUCAAUAUCCAUUUGAAUAUGUAGUUAAAACCCAGGGUUUGAAAAUUGUAAUUAAAUAAUACAAAGCAAUAAUAUUGUUGAUAUUACUAUACUAUAGGAUAAGUCUAAAUAUGACUUCUUUUUAUAUAUAUUCACAAUUUAAUUUUGUCAUGAUUAGAGGUGGGUAUGAAUAAAUUUCAGCUAUCAGAUAUUAAUAUUUAUAAAUUAUUUCACAUUUUGUCUAUUUGUCAAUUUAAAUAUUUUGAAGCCCUCAAUAACUCAAUGCUCGCAGGGUGGACUGUAAUCCGUAAGGUUGUAGUUUCAAACCCCGCCCAUUGCACUAUUGUCGUACUUACUCGUAGCACAAGGUUUUCGCUAAUAAUAUUUUCAGACCCGCCUUUAAUCAUGUGUAAAAAUAAAAAUUAUGCCUAUAAAAAAUCUAGCAAAAUAUUCGUAAUGCAUUAUUUUUGAAAUAAUGCUGCAUUUUUUAUUUUUAAUAAUAUUUAGUUGGAGUAAUAUAUUAUGAAUCCCAAAAAAUAUUCGUUUAUUUACCUACUAGCUGACCCGACCUAGCUACGCUCGGAAUAGUGAAGGUAGUUAAAGCAACAUUGACAUAAUCAAUACAUGGAUGGGUGACUCACCACCGAUCUCCGAUAAAAUUCAUCAGAUCUUCUCCCAAUAAUAAUUAGGAUAAAACGAAUCUGGCGAGUGCUGAUACUAGUUUUCCAACAAAAGAAAAUUUUCGAAACCAGUUAAAGAUUUGGCAAGUUAUGGAGUAACAUCGACAAAGAGUCGCUAUCCCCUAGCCUGAAGGUAAUCUAUUAUUUUUCAGUUUAAAAACCGGUCAAGUACGAGUCAGACUCACACACGAAGAGUUCCGUACAAAAAAUAACUUUCGCAUUUUUUUUGUGAUGUUUUCACAAAUUCAAGGUUUUCGUAAAUUUCGUUUGUGCUACCUAUAAGACAUUCCUAGCUACACAUUUUAUGAUUUUAAGUCAGUGGGAAGUAACUAGAUACCCUAUUAAGUUUUGAUUCCCUUGAAGGGUCUGCACAGACAGACAGACAAUGAAGUGAGCCUAUAAGGCCGCCAUUCCAUUCAUGCUGUUGCAUUAUAUGUACCUAUUUUUUUGUCAGACUUAUUUUGUACAUUCAAUAUCCUUUAUUUAUGGGUAAUAUUGUCACAUUCCUAUAAAAUUGUAAUAGUAUUUAGUCAAUUAGAAUUUAUUAUUUUAAUUAAUAAAACAUUUUUUUAUUUAAAAGUUUUUAUUUAUUUAGCGUCGACUAGCCCUGGAUUUGAAGAGAUGGCCUUAUCUAUUUGAUAGACUGAUUUGUGCACUGUGAAAUUGGUUUUUUAUAUAAUAAUAUAGGUACUUAACACAUUCCUUGUGAAAUUAAAUGAUAAUGAUGGUUAGAACCGAACUGAAAUUGAAUAGGAAGUUAUAAGCAAACACUGACUGCGAUUUUCUUAAAUUACUAUUGUGUUGUUGCUUCAUCAGAAGUAUAAUUUUAACGAAAUUAUACCAGAACUUAUUUGAAAAGGAAUUUGGAAAGAAAAUAGAUAAUAUAAUCCUUACAAAUUUUACUAAACAUAAAUCCAAUUAUAAUAAAAAUGUAGAAUCUACAUGAAUUUUAAAUCCACACUAUAUAAAAUAUAAAAUCGGGAAUAUUUAGUUACAAUAUUAUCACUAUUAUUAGGACUAGAAUAUAAUGCCUUUUCGAAGAUAAAAUUAUGCUAAUCUACUUCUAAAUAUAACACUUAUAUCUAAUUUGCAAUCCAGUAGCUAAUAUAUUUAAAUGCUUGUAGUAACUU